AUGUUUGGAGAGCGCAAGCAACGGCUUCCCCGUCAGGCGACGGAAAGCCUUCCGACCAACCAAUGGGUGAAAGUCGCCAUGGUCUUCGACUCGCAGCACGGCGUGCAGCGCCUCUUCCAGGACGAUCCGCUGAGCUCGUUUUCUGGCAGUUUGAUUGGAGCAAUCAACUUUAACUUGGCUUACUCCUGUGUGUCCCGAUCGCCUGCAACGUUGCCGGGUGAAAUGGACUUGUGGCUGGGAAAGGGCGAUGCUGAGCAGAAAGGUUUUCUUGGACAGGUGCGGAACGUGCAGGUCUACAGGCACAGUGAAUGUGCUGUCAAUCUCAAGGCAGUUGCGGAGAGUGUCAUCCAAGCAAAGGGGAUGCCCAUCGCAGACGCGUCAGACUUUGAGGAGCCCUUCAGGGCGCUGGACGCCGAUCAGAACGGGCACAUAGAUCUGGAUGAAUACUCGAACGGCCUUGCAGCGGUCAGUCUGUCUUUCCCCUCUGGUCAGCGACAUCAAAAGCAGUCUCCUGUUGUUUCGACUGGUGUCACGACCUUUGGUGUGCCUGACGCCAGCAUUGUGACGACAAUGCCAUUUGUUUCGGAGCGAUCGCCUUCACCACCUUCAGACAAAGACCUGAUGGUACCCGGGCCUGCGAGUGCCUCCAAUGUCAUGUUGGGCAGGAGACCGCAUGUGAGCACUGACCAAAAGGCAUUCCCACAGCCUGAAACCUCGCAGCCGCAGAGGGAGCAGAGGGAGCAGAGGAAGCAGAGGGAAGAGAAGCCGUUUGCAGCGCUCACCACCACAGCAGCCUCACCAGCUGAAUUGUCCAUCAACAAUGUUCUGGCUACAACGGCCGCGCCAUCCGCGCCUGCGGUAAAGGCGAAGCCAGGGCCAGUCUCCAGUGUGCAGCGAGCAGAGGGCACUGAGAGCACUACAGUGACACCAGUGACAGUGUCCAUGAGCUCCACAUCCACGCCCGCAAGCCCUGAAGGCUUUGUGAGAGUGGUCUCGAGUUCACCGCCUGCAAAGCCACAGCCACAGCUGCCUCCGAAUUUCAAGCCCAUCACGCUGGGCAUCCCUGGUGGUCUCUUGGUCGACCCGCUUAUGCGACACAAUGAUCUUCCUGAAGGUGCCAAGAGCACGGCGGCCAACAUGACCGCUGGCACCAGCGGCUCCCAUCAGGGCAAAGCUGUGAAGAAGCAAAUGGAUUCCUUGUUUAAACCGUCUGACUUGUUUGAAGCUCAGAAGCUCCACAUGAGCAAAGUGCCCAAAUGGGACCUUUUGGCCUUGCUGUCCCUGGCCGUGCUGGUCACAUCCGCAUCCAGCCUAGUGGUCGUCGCUUGGCUUCGGCGCAUGCCGCGCUUGUUGCAGAGACACGAUGUGUGGGAAGGUGAAUGGGAGACAGACCGGUUGGUCGUUUGA